AGAAAAGAAGAAUUAAAAAUCUAAGCCUAAGUUUACACGAUGUGGCACCUUUUAACUGGUGAGGUGAAAUUUGUAGUAUGUGUUGUGAUAAAGAGAAUCUUGCCUAAUUUUUGGACCAAAAAGAGUAUUGAAACAAUCAUUGAAAAAGGCCACUGUCUAUCCUGCAGCCAUAUACCCCCACCCCAAUUCUCAAAAUUCCUUCCCUUUUUUCUUUCUUUUUCCUUCCAAUUUGAACAUAGCAAGGCUGCUACUACUACUAUAUAUAGACAAGCUAGGGUUAGGUUUAAGUUCAGUAGACCAAAAAUAAAGUCUUGUGACCAAAAUAAGUUGACAAGAUCACUAUUUAGGGGUUUUCUUGUUAAUCCAAGAAUGAUGAAAAGGAGGCAAGUAGUUGUGAGAAGGAACACAAGUACUACAUCAUCUACUAGGAACAUACGAUACGUUGAAUGUCAGAGGAACCAUGCGGCAAAUAUCGGAGGCUACGCCGUCGAUGGCUGCCGGGAAUUCAUGGCUAGUGGAGAAGAAGGAACCACAGCAGCCCUAACUUGUGCUGCUUGUGGAUGCCACCGGAAUUUCCACCGGAGAGAAGUGGAUGGCGGCGAGGUUGUUUCUGAGUCCUCCUAGGGAUCAUCUUAUUCGUCCAAAAGAAUAUUAAAUUAAGGUUAUGGCCGAGGAGUAGAACCUGUGGGACUGCACAAAAGAAUGGCUAAUAUGGAAUCACUCACAAAAAAAUAAAGUGAUGUAGACAAGUAGUUAUUGCAAGUUACGACAAUAGAUUUAAUUAAGGUUUUUCAGUAAUACCUAAUCUAUGUUUACAUCAAGCUAUAUAAAUUUACUAGAAUUAAAUGAGUUAGUAAGGUGAGAAUGCAUGUUGAUUAACACAUGCUAUGCACAUCCAACAAGCCCCAAAAUAUUGCCAUAUUAUUUUAACUUUGGUUUGUGCGGUCCUCUUCUUGUAGUCCUACACUGUAAGUACAUAUAAAUAAUUAAAUUGUUCUUCAUAGGGUCAUAAUGGACUUGGAUUUGGUUUGAAAAGAAAAGAAUAAAACUUAAACACCAUGUUUUACUGUCUGCUAACAAUUGAAAACUUGUUUUUUUUUCUUCUAAAAUCCGAAAAAAGAACAGCUAGAGAUGAUGAUUUGGUUAGUUUUACACAAUUGAUACGAACGGGUGAUGUGACAUUAGGCCACUUACGUGUCUCUUUGUGGUUGGUUUAUGUGGUUUAAGAUUGAUCAAUUAAUAAUGCAAAACAGCAUAUACUAUCAAACUGAAACUUUUCAAGAUUUACGAAUCAAAACUAUUACUAUUAAAUAGAGUUACACAACAAUUAUCUUUUAAGUAACUGAAUUUGUGCUGGCAAAUGGAUUGAUCAAGUUAUAAAUAUGGGUAGGUCAAAACGAAUAAAGUGGCCGACUUGCCCGUAGCUUUCCAAAAAUAGUUUCCUAGCUCGAGCAAAAUCAAAAAUUCCAAAGUCAUGAUGCACAAAAAAAAUGUGUACUUCGUUUAAUUAUGAAGAAUGAGUCAAAUAUGAUGGAUUGAAAAUAAUAAAAGUCAUAAGACAGAGGUGAUGAGUGCAAAAAUCUACGGUUACUCAAAGAUAUAGUAUCUCACCACAUUGAAUAUGGAGUAUCAUUUUUAGAUAGAAAGAAAUGGAUUUUCUCGAGUGUUAAUUAUAUCAUCAACUUACAUGAUGUUCCCAACUACUACUGAGAAAUACAAGUGAAUAUAUGAUUGCCAUCUUAUAAAUUAGUCAAAAACUACCUAAUAAAUUGUACAAAUAAUCAAAUAUAUAAAAUUGCAUUUGGACUCUGACCGAUAAAGUACUUCCUUCUGUUUCAAAAGGAAUAACCUAGUUUGACUUAACACGAAGUUUAAGAAAAUAAAGGAGACUUUUGAAUCUUGCGGUGUUAAAUUAAAAAUAUGUCAAAUGUACCAAAAUGCCUUUCAAUCUUGUGGCCUUAAACAUGCCACGUGGAAAGUUCAAAUUAAAAUGUUGCUAAAAAAGUAAAAGGGUCAUUCGUUUUUUAAACGAACUAAAAAAGAAAGUAGGUUAUUCUUUUUUAAACGGAGGGAGUAUUGUUUGUGCAUUGACAAUCUCUGAUAUCAACGAUCCUCACUGAUACACUAAAUCAGUUGCAUAUUCAAAUUACAAAAGAAAAUUAUUAAUGUAUGAAAAAAAAAAAAUAACAAAGGAAAUUAGGAAAGGAGAGAUUACCCCUACCACUCAGGUUUUGCAACAUAAGGUUGAAGGUGUACAAUAACCUAUCUUCAUUAGAGUAAGAUUCAUCAAAAUUGUAAAAUAAUCUAAAAAGGAAAAAUAAGUUAUUAUGACUUUGAUUAGUUACUAAUGAAAAUGAAACAAAUCAGUAUAAUUUGUUUUUAGUCUACAAUAAGUGAUCAAGUUAAAUGUCCUUGUGGUGUGUCCAUUGCUCAAGAUAUCAUAAUACGAUGAAUUAGAAUUCUGAGUAUUAUAAAAAUAUCAUACUUAUAUAAUAUUAAUGAGAGUUAUCAAUAUAGGUAUACUACAACCAGAGACAUUGCUCUUUCCCAAAACUUAUUGGAUUUUCAAAUUAACUGUUGCGGCUACAAGUAAUUUAAUAGAUCAAAUAUGCACUCUAUUUGAGCUAAAACAUCACGUUUACAACAAAAAUAGAAAAGGCUUAAAUAGUUCAUUUUGAUCUUCUAAUGAAGAGUUGUUCACUUGUUCUGCACAAUCUUAUUGUUCCUUUCUCUCCAUAUUGUCCACCAAAUACAUGUCGGGACAGUCCUCUUCCAUUUCUCCUCCUUUUUGAUAGCAUUGUCAUCCCUAUUCCAAUUGCUUAGAAGACCUCUAAUACUCCCAGUUUCACCUAUUUGAUUUCUUUUAAGCAUAUAAACAUUCUCCAGUUAUUCUGUAUGUCCACUUACAAUGCAAGCAUAUAAACAUUCUUCAGUUAUUCUAUCCACUUACAAUGCAAAAAAAGAUGGUUAAUAUUGUUUCAGCUUGCUCUCCACAUAAAACAUAUCCUUUUUGUUAAGAUUUUCAUGAGUCAGAACUGAUUCUUUAGCCAGUAGCAAGGUUGUCUUUUAAUUUAAAAGCCAACUACAUCUAUACUCAAAUUUAUUUUAAUUUGUUUGAUGACUAUUUUUUUCCUUCCUUUAAAUACACGUUUAGUUGUUUGACGAUUACCACAAGCAUGUUUCCCGGUUGUAGUAGUUUCUGCCACAACGAGGUGUUUAAUUUGUCCUUUAAUUAAUACAAGUUUAGUUGUUUGACGACAUGCAUGCUUGAGGUUGUAGUCAAUGUAAGAUCUUGAAGGUAAACCAACCUACAUAUAAUCUCAUAUAGUUCGAGUAAGUUAAAAAAAAAGUAAUUCAUUAUUUUAUUUUGUUUUUAGCAUUUUUCAAACGGAUUUGAAUUAAAAUUCUGACUUCUAGGAAAAUAAAAAGAAACAUAACGCAGCAGUGGAGUUAUUUCAAACGCAUGUUGUUCAUUAUGCUAUGUGUUUUCUUUCUCUUUUGUCCGUCAAAAGAAGGGAAAAAAUUAGAGACAGAACCACAAUCCAAGGUGAUCAUUUUCUUCUCCAGUUAAAACUUAUGUUCCCUGAAAAAAACGUUGCUUAAUUUAUACUAGGUCAAAAUGGACUUGUCCAUCUUGAGAGAUUUUAAUUCAAUGAGGUCAAAUCUGUAUCCUUUAUUUUCUGAUAUACAAUAAACAUUCUUCGUAAUUAUGUAGUUUAGGAUAUAUUUUUGGUAUUUGACUAUAGUAUUUAGCAAAAAAA